AUGGUUUCCCUAUUAGAGGCAGCCAAAGAUGAUCUUUUGCGGAGCACGGUUCAUUCAGGUUCAACGUCCGGCAUUAGUGCAGAUCAUUUAAUUUCAGGAGUUUCAAUUGGAGAGAACUUGAGGCCAGGAGGACCUACCGUACUGAAUCAUAGUCUUAAUACCACGUAUGAGUAUGAGGAAGAGGAUUCUAGUUUCUCCAAUCCAAAUAGGAACUUGAAUCUUACGUGUCUCGCGGAUCAGCUGAACAAUUUGCACUUAGGCACUCCAUGUCCUCCGAAAAAAAAUCCAUUCAGCUCUGCCAAUACAUUCUUCACCGGAUCUGAAAGUGGUAACUCCUCGUACAAGUCUGCCCAAAACUUUGAUGAGUCUGAGAGUAGUCUGAGUGUGUCAGGCAUAGAGAUCAGCAACGGCUUGAAAACUCCAUGUUCGGAGUCACCUUCUGCUAGUUCAAAUGUUGACAGAACUCCAAUUCAGCGUAUCGAAGAAGUAACACCACUCAGAGAAACGUCUCUGUUGAAUGAUAAUGUUGGUGAAAAGACUCCAAUCUUGAUUGCUAACGAAGAGAGAGAAAACCCUCCAGACGAAGAAGAGUUUGAGGUGUGUUUUCAGGCAAAUCUCAGCGCCAUAGAGGAAGAACAGCCUGAGUCAGAGGGAGAAGACACUUUCUACACCAAUUCUGAAGUACCCUCUGUGGAAAAGGAAGAGUCAACAUCUGGUAACAAAUACCUCUCUGCCAAGUCAUCUACCGAUACAGAAAAUCAAGUAGAUGAUGCUAUAAGCUCAGAUCUCUCUGAAGGGAGUUACAAAGUUCAGAAAGAAUUAGAUACAUGUGACCUAAACCGCAGCAAGGAUAUUUCUAAGCUUAACGUGCCGCAAAAUUCCCCUGGAGAAGAAAUUGUUUCACCGUCCUUGUUGCAAGAGGAACCAACAAGCCAAUUUGAACCGUCUCCAAAACUCCACGUCGAAAAUACUCAGUCAGAAAAUUGUGUCAGUUCAUCAGGGCUUUCAGUGGAAUCAGAGCAAGCAGCUACGCAUUCUGUCAAACCAGCUCAAUACAUAAAUCCAGAAAAUCGUAGUCGCUCAUCAGAAGAGCAUAACACUUCAGCCAGAGACCCAACUGGUGAUUCAAAACAAGUAAGAGAGUCCGAGCAAGUAACGCAACAGCCUGAGGAGACUAUUGCUCCCAAAGAAUCACCCAAAGUAAGAGAUGAGAAAUUCUCAGAACUAGGAAAUGGUAAUAGCCCUCCUAAACAAAGAAUUACUGCCCUUGAACAGGCCGAAAAGUGCCCUCUGAAUAAUUUAGAACAGGUUGCUGAAAAGGAAGGUGAAGAUAGAGAUAAGAAACCUGAAAAGUACACAAGCCCACCAGAAUCAUGCCGAGUUUCUCCACCUGAAAAAGGUACCCAGUUUGAAGUACAUAUCGACCAACUGAAGCAAUCCUCUGAGCGAAACAGCACAGAACUUACUAGUGAUGACAAAAAACUUGGCCGUGAAAAGGUAGAAGAUUCCUCUCACGCAGAAGUAAUCAAUAAACUGCAAGAAUUGCGCUCAUGCCCAAUUAAGCAAACUAGUCCUUCAAAAUCAGAAAAAAUCAAUGAUGCACAGAAAGAUUUAGCUCAGUCAGGGGCGCAGCAAACAAGUAUCAGUCAACCGAAAACUGAAACAGUUCAGCCUACUGAAAACUCAGGAAGCGCAAAAGCCGGACUGUUCGAACAAUCCCUUGAUUUAGACCCUGAGACGGUUCGAUCCCUAGAAUUGUUCAAAGCGUCCAAAAAAAAGUCAGCUGAAAGUGAUCGACUUUCUUUGGAUUCGGAGAAACAGGAGACAUUCUUAGAUACGUUAGCGGAACCAGACGAAUUCAGUGCAAGCUGGAACAGUGAAGCUGGUCCAGCCACAGCAGCAGAAGAAAUUUUCUGUGAUCCUGCAUCAUUUGAUUUUCUUGUACAGAGGGGUAACAAUAACAUCAGUUCUAAUUUGUACAAGAAGUCCUUGUUCGUACGAUUUGAUCCAUUAGUCAACGCUCAAUCUCCAACUCAAAUAGAGAGACAUUUAACCGCAUCUUUAAAAAUGGCCGAUAAUAAUUGUGGUGAAGAAAUUCAAAAAUCCCAAUCGAAGAAAAGUCUGAGUCCAGUCAGGACGCCCCUGAAAAAUCCAGCUCUAGAGGCUGUUGGGAAACUGAUAGAAGCCUCGCCAAGUGUACCCGGAGUUGAUUCCUCAGCGUUAGAAGCGGAUUUGGCUAAACUGCGCGAACUUUUAGUUCAACAAGAAAAGGAAUACAAAGAAAAAAUAAAGAAAUUGGAAAAAAAUGAAGCAAAACUCGAGAAAGAAAUUAGCGAAAAAAAUAAAGAAAUGCAAGGAAUGGCAAGGAGUAAAGAACAGAUGAAUGCAAUCGUGGUUGAAUAUGAGAAAACAAUCACACAAAUGGUCAGUCAUAAAGAAGGGUUUGACAGCAGAUUGAAAGCAGUGGAAAAUGAGAGGGACACCGCUGCACAGCAUUUGAAUAAUUUAGAAAUAGCGUUCAACGAUGUGCAUCAAAAAUAUGAGCGAUGCAAAGCUGUUAUAGAAAGUUUGAAACAGAAUGAAGACGUUCUCAAAGCCAGUGUUCAGGAGUAUGAUGCUGCCAUCAAGAAACAAGAAAAUAAGUAUGAAAUGUUGAAACAGCACGCCAAAAGCCAAUUAGAAAAAGCUAACCAAGAGUUGGAUGUGCGAACGAAAUCCCAAGAAGCGGAGUCAGCAAAAUUGCGUGCCCUCCUGAAGAAAGCGGAAUUAAGAGUAUCGUCGUUAGAAAUAACCUUAGAACAAAAAACCAAAGAGAACCAAGAGCUCAUGAAAAUCUGUGAUGAACUUAUCAACAAAGUUGGAUCAAGUUGAGCUCCCUGUUUGGUAGUGGUGCGGCAGGAAGUGUCUAUGUAAAAUUAUUAAAUACCUAGGGACUUGUACGUUUUACAACUCCUCAGUUGAUGAUUUUAUUUUGAUAUCGCCAGUCAUCGUCUUUUUUGCUAAUCAGAGUUACUUAAACAUUUGAAAAGAUUCCUGUACAUAGUGAUAAUUUAUGUUGAACUGACCUCUAAUUUUUUUAUGUUAUUUUAUCUUUUUUAGUUGAGUGCAUUUGAUGUCAUCAUCAUCAUUUUAAGAUUUAAUCAUAAUGGUUCAAUGCUUAAAAAAAGUAUUAUUUUUGCAGUAGUAUUUGCUGCGAAGGUAAAUUGUUACUUCUGAGCACCAGAAACCUCACCUAAUAGCUUGUUUAACGUCUCUCGGUCAUAGAUUUUGUGUCCUUUCAGGCAGUUAUUCAUUCCUGCUAAAAUUUUUCUUUUAUAUGAAGUACUAAAUUUGUUCGUUCGCACGCAGGUGCAAAAUACUCGCAUGAAUUUUUAUGCUUUAAAAUUCAAAAAAAGAAUAAUUUUUGCAGUAAAAAUUGAUACCAUCGUUGUUUUGUCACCUUCUGGCUAAAGUAUCACAAGCGGCAUUUUUACCGAAAUUGAGUUAUGAAUAGUUUCGAUUUUACAAGAUGCAUUUACAUUUGAAAAUAAUACUUUUUUUAAAGCAAAAAUGUAGAAAUACGAGUAAAAAUCGAUCAAGGUUAACGUACUUUCGUUUUACAAGCGCUAUUUGGGAGAUAAGUAUCACAAGCGCCAGGUUCGGCAACCGCCCACCUUUCUGAUUGUUUGCAAUUUUUGUUACAGCGACCCUUGGAAUGACUUGUAUCUAAAUUAUUUUCGUAUGUAAAUGCAUCUCGUUUUUUCGAACCUAAGAUUCGUUUUUACAAUAAAAAUAAAUAAAUAUGGAAAAUACUCCGUAGAAGCUGAUGAACUUUUGUAUCACAAGCGCCAUAUUCUCACAUGGCGCACCAAGUUGGGUAAUUACUCAUCUUUAGAAUUGUUUUUGAAGUUUCAGUAUAAGUUACACCUGUAAUGACCUGGAGCAAUUCGUCACUUUUCGAGUUUCUGGCCGGAGUAUCACAAGCGCUAUUUGUAUCGAAACUUAGUUAUGGAUGGUUUUGAAUUAAUAAGAUGUAUUUACUUAUGAAUAUAAUAAUUUUUUUUUCAAACUAAAAAUGAAUAAAUAUGGAAAAAAUCUCUGUUAAAUUUUAUGGGCACCUGUAUCACAAGCGCCAUGAUUUCUCAGAAUGCCCCAAGAACAGGGCACCACAAGUGCCAAUUUUCAAAGAAAGAAAUGUUUUUCAAAAGAACCUUUAUUAAAAUUCAAGCCAGGAAGUUUUGCUGGAGUGGUAUUUCAAGUUUCAAGCCGAAACUCCGUCUGAGGCGGUCGCCUUUGUGUCUCUUGAAAAGUUGGCAAAGUGACGCUCGUGAUACUUUGGCCGGAAGGUGAUGGUUUGUGGUCGUCAAAAUCCGCUUUUGUGAUACUUUCCUCCAAACAUUGGUCUUAUGUUUUGUCUUUUUCUCAACUUUAUUGUUUGUUUCAUGCAUUUAAUCUUUUUUAUUUUACUUGAAACUGGGUUUUUUUCCUUGUGCAGGAAAAUCAGAGGGAUUUGAAACCAUCAAUGUUAUGUAAUCAAUAGUAUUUUAUUUUAGAAAAUUUGUUCUUCUUAAACUAGUUUUUGUUGGCUAAAAUUGGAAACCCUGUUUUAAUUACUGUCUUCAAACAUUUCUUUGUCUAUUUUAUGUUUCUAUGAAAGAAAUUGAUCGUACCGUAUUGCCGAGAAUUUUCACUGAUUAUCCUUGGCUCAAAAGUAAAUAGCAAUUUAUAAUUGAAAAAAUGAUGUAUACAUCGGCCCUCCGAUUUUGAAGAAGAAAAAACAAGGUUUCUGAGUUUAGUGAAGGAACUUAUCUUCGUGUGAAUGAGGAACAAAACAAAUUACUUUUUUAAUAAAAUCCGAUUUUAACUCCGUUA